ACGCAAUAAAGGCGAGACAUGACAAUGAUGAACCGGUUUACAUUGGUUCGGUAUUAGAUCCAGAAAUGUUCCCGCGUCAAUGUAGAGAUCUAUGCGAAGUUUUCCUGGAUAGUAUGGAAAUUAGAAGACUUCCUGAGUCGAAUCUUGUAAACUACAAAAAGCAGAAAAUUCCUGAAUCUCUCAAGAUUCUCACUGGAAAGCAUAUGGAGUGGAAACAUUGUACUGAUGAUGACAGAGAUUCCAUCUUUGAAUUUUCUAAUGCAUAUGUUGCCAAGAAACCUGAUGGAAUUCUUAUUUUAGCUUAUGAAAUUGAAGACGAUUUGAAAUAUUUGACAUUCAACGAUUCAAUUUCUGACAUAUCUACAGAGAAUUGUUUUUACUCUUUUAAUUAA